AAUUUUAGUUGGGUAAUUUAGAAAUAAAUAAAUUAUAAACGAAAAGAUGAACAUCUUAAAAUCUGCAUUACUAAAAAAUGCUAAGAACAUUUUUCAAGCAUCUUCUCAUAAAAGAAACUUAGGAUUAGUUCCAAUAGUAAUUGAACAAACUGGAAGAGGAGAAAGAGCGUACGACAUUUUCUCAAGGCUGUUGAAGGAAAGAAUUAUCUGCUUAAUGGGGCCACCAUCAGGAGGUGCAAGUGGUCAAGCUACUGAUAUUCAAAUUCAAGCAGAAGAGAUUUUAAAAAUAAAGAAGAAGUUGACACAGAUCUAUUCGAAACAUACAAAUCAAAGUUAUGAUAUUCUCAUGUCAAAAAUGGAACGUGACACGUUUUUAGACCCUGAAGAAGCGAAAGAAUUUGGACUUAUAGACAGUGUCUUAGAACAACCACCAUCUGUUGUAAAAGAAACUUAG